GCACCUUUGCGCAGCGGCCGCCUUUAGCUGAAAGGUCCCCUCUGAGUGCACAAAGGCAGCUGCUGUAGGAACUGUUCAGUGCGAGAGACGAGCGCUGAGAGGCGUAAUAAACAAUCUCCGGCUAGCUACAGACAGGGACGCGGACUCGAAGUAGCUCCCCGGCCCAAGCCCGUAGUUUUACUCCGAGAAACCGGAUUCCAUCGUCAGGUUAAGACUUAUACAGAGUUCCAGCAGGAUGGAGGUGGAGAUGGAGGAGAUCCCCCAGGACGAGCCCCAACCUGAGCCUGAGAGCCAUGUUACCAGAGACCAGUGCUGCCAGACAGACGAGCCACAGCCCAGCAGCCCUAACCCAAUGACUGACCUUAACCCUGGCCCCGACGCAGCCCCCAGGACACCAGGGUACUGCGUGGAGCCAGGUGACCCUCCUCUGUUGCAGCUGCAGCUCCAGACCUCCAAGUCUGGCAUCCAGCAGAUCAUAGAGGUCUUCCGUUCAGGUACUGCCCAGCUGAAGCACAUGCUGCUGAAUGAGGUGGACACCAUCUUUGAGUGUAAGACAUGUCGCAGCUUGUUCCGGGGCCUGCCCAACCUCAUCACCCACAAAGAGUACUACUGCCUCAUCAGACUGCCCAAGCCCGACGAUCCAGCGGGCGAUGGUGACAAGCAGAGCGGGGCCAUGAAGGACCUCCUGGAGGCCAUCUACCCCAGGAAGGACCGGCCGGACUACGUGAUGCGCCUGGAGCCAAUCCAGACCUCCAAUAACGCUGUGUUCCAGUUCAUGUCCUCAGAGGAGGAGCUGGCCCACUUCCCCCGGGCUCCACACACCCCUGGAGGGACCCACACACACAGCCCUGAGCCCUGGGGGGAGCAGGGAGGGACGCCGGAGAAUGGACAGACAGGAGAGGGGGAGGAGAGGAGGAGGAGUGACCAGGAGGAGGAGGCGGGAGGAGAGGAGGUGGCGCAGCCCGAGGAGGAGGGGUCUACGAGCGGGGUGGAGGACGUUACCAUCUCGUGCUGCCUGUGUGGUAAGGACUUCAACUCUCGCCGCAGCAUCCGCCGCCACUGUCGCAAGAUGCACCAGACCAAGCUGGAGGAGCUCCGGAAGUUCACAGAGACGCGCACCGUUCCCAUCAGCCUCCUCUCCAUGGUCAAAGGUCGGUCUCGCCCCAUGCACACGCCCAGCGGCAAGUCCUGCCCCGUCUGCUUCAAGUCCUUCGCCACCAAGGCCAACGUGCGGCGCCAUUUUGACGAGGUGCACCGCGGCCUGCGUCGGGACACCAUCACGCCGGACAUAGCCACGCCCGGCCAGCCGCUGUCUCUGGAGGCCACGCCGCCCCGCAAGAGCGCCAGCUCCUCCCCCGCGAGAGGUCACACCCCGAAGAGCGGAGGAGCCUCGGGGGCUACCACCCCUCAGCCCCCCAAAGCCUCCACCGCGGUGCCCCCUGCCCCUUCUCUCCUGGCAUCGGCCCUGUACAACCUGGCCUCCUGCCGCUGUCUGCUCUGCAAGAGGAAGUACAGCUCCCAGGUCAUGUUAAAGAGACACAUGCGCAUCGUCCACAAGAUCUACAAUCUCAAGAACGUUAGCUCCGUCUCCACGACCGCAACCACAUCCACGGUGACCAACAACAGCAAAACAGCCACCAACACUGACAGCACCCCUAGCAACAGCUUGAGCAUGAAGGAGGAGGCGGUUGAAUCCUGGGACGACCCUGACUCCAGCCCCGCCUCGUCGCCUGGCGACACGGACAGGAAGGGCGUCACCGUGGCAACCAAGUCAGGUCAAAAGAUCAAAGAGGAAGAGGGUGGGAGCAGCCCCAAGACAUCAACUCGUUCUACUUCCAUCAACAGCACCGGUGGUAGUAGUAGUGGCAGUGGGACUCUUGGGAGACCCCCUCAGAAGCUCUCGGUGGGGUUCGACUUCAAGCAGUUGUUCUGCAAGCUGUGCAAACGUCAGUUCAGCUCGCGCCAGAACCUCACCAAGCACAUCGAGCUGCACACGGACGGCACAGACAUCUUCAUCAAGUUCUACCGCUGCCCGCUCUGCCGCUACGAGUCCCGCCGCAAGCGCGACGUCCUGCGCCACGUGACGGUGGUGCACAAGAAGUCGACGGGCUACCUGGCCAAGAUCGUGCCCAAGCUGGAGUCGCGUGCGGUCAAGCGGCCGGCUGAGGUGGUCCUCAACUCUGCCCCCAAUGCCAACAACAACAAGAGAGGAGGACCAACAGUCAAGGAGGAGGUGAACGGGUGCCACUCGGCCCCAGUCACACGCAAACAGGAGCUCCUCAACUCCUCCUCCUACCCAGUCACACGCAAACAGGACCUCCUCUCCUCCUCCACUCCGGUCACUCGCAACCAGGAGAGACAGGAGAGGCAGCAGGAGGCCCAAACCGGGUCACCUAUCUCCCGUAAGAACGACAAACAACACCCCGACACCCCUGCCCCGACGCCGCCCCACACACGUCGCCAUGACGCCCACCAGGAGAGCAGCAGCAGUAGCACAGAGGUGCGUGUCACCAAGAACUUCUCGCUCCACUCGUGUGACGUGUGCGGCCGGGCCUUCGCCAAGAAACUCUACCUGGAGUCCCAUAAGAGGAGCCACCGGAACGCCACGCCACCGGUCAGCACGCCGCCCAGCGGCGCCAGGGCUAAGGGAGUCAGCACUCGGUCCAAGGCAAUGCUCUGGUGA